CUUCCGUCACGUGACGGGCAGCAUGGCGGCAUGGCUCUACUAGGAGAAGUCUCACUAAGAGGAACCGGAACCGGAACUGGAGCCGGGGCGUUGAAUGCGCGGCGUGAGCGAGUGAGGGGUCGCCAGUAGGCAGGUACAUUGAGAGUUGAUCUCGGGCGACGCACAUGAUGAUUUGAAGCACCAUGCUGAUUGCUGCCUAUGUCGCUUUUGCUUUCCUCCUGGUGAUAUGCAUCAGCUUGGAGUUCUCUGCCUGCCGCUCCAAGCUCACGGGCAGGUCUUGCUCCAACCCAGCCUUUCUGCGUUUCCAACUAGACUAUUACCAGGUCUACUUCUUGGCUCUUGCAGCUGACUGGUUACAAGGUCCAUAUCUUUACAAACUGUACCAACAUUACCAUUUCUUGGAGGCUCAGAUUGCCAUCAUUUAUGUCUGUGGCUUUGCCUCAAGUGUGUUGUUUGGGCUGGUCUCGACUUCCUUGGUGGACCGCUUAGGCCGCAAAAAAUCCUGCAUCCUUUUCUCCUUGACUUAUUCCAUUUGCUGCCUCACUAAACUCUCCUGGGACUAUUUUGUGCUUGUUGUUGGAAGGAUAUUAGGUGGCCUUUCCACUGCCCUAUUGUUCUCUGCCUUUGAGGCAUGGUAUGUGCACGAACAUGUGGAGCGCUACGACUUCCCAGCCGAGUGGAUCCCUGCCACUUUUUCCAAGGCGGCCUUCUGGAAUAGCGUCAUUGCUAUUGGAGCUGGGGUGGUAGCCAAUGUCUUUGCUGAAUGGCUGGGCUUGGGUCCCGUGGCUCCCUUCAUGGUCUCCAUUCCUUUCCUCAUGCUGGUUGGAGUUCUGGCUAUAAAGAACUGGGAUGAAAAUUAUGGCAAGAAGAGGCCAUUGUCCAGGACUUGCACAGAUGGCUUGAAGUGCCUCCUCUCUGACCGCCGCGUCCUGCUCCUGGGGACCAUCCAGGCCUUAUUUGAAAGUGUCAUCUACAUCUUUAUCUUCCUCUGGACGCCUGUCCUGGAUCCCUACAACCCACCCCUGGGCAUCGUCUUCUCCAGCUUCAUGGCAGCCAGCAUGGUGGGCUCAUCACUCUACCGCAUUGCAACCUCCAAGAAGUAUCACUUGCAGCCCAUGCACAUUCUUUCCCUUUCAGUCCUGAUGGUUUUCUUCUCCCUCUUCAUGUUGACUUUUUCUACCAAUCCCGGGCAAGAGAGCCCUUCGGAAUCAUUCUUGGCCUUUCUGCUCAUUGAGCUCUCCUGUGGACUCUACUUCCCUUCAAUGGGAUUUCUCCGGCAGAAGGUGAUCCCCGAGAAGGACCAGGCAGGCGUGAUGCACUGGUUCCGUGUUCCCCUGAAUCUGUUGGCCUGCCUGGGCUUGCUAAUUCUCCAUGACAGUGACUAUAAAACAGGCACCCGGAAUAUGUUCACCAUCUGCUCUGUCAUGAUGGUGAUGGCCCUUUUGGCUGUUGUAAGCCUCUUCACUGUGGUCCGUAACAACACAGAGCUCCGGUUGCCCAGUCCAUCCGGUCAUACUGAGAACCCUUCUCCUGAGCUCUGAUGUGUUGUGAACUUUUGCGGGAGGUGUGCCCUAGUAAGCUGUCCAUAACACAUCAUAGCACUGAAACUGUAUAUAGGAAAGGACUCUGCAAAGAGAACUCUGAGCCUCUGCUGAGCCUUGUGUGACUCUUGCCCAUGAAUGGCAAUGAAGAAUACAGACAGCACACAUCAACUUAAUUUAGUCUGUGGCAAGCAUAUUUUUCCUUUUGCAACCUGGAGUUACGGACUUUUUGAAACGUCUUGACCUCUGCUAGCAAAACUUGGGGAGGGGGACUGCUUUCUACCACUUCAUCAUGGAUAGAUGGUGGCAGGUAAUGGGUUAUAUAAAAAAAGACAUCCCUCUUUUUAAAACUGAACAGGAAGGUUGAUUAAUUGAUCAUCCAUUUCAAUAUUUUGCCAUCUCAACCAAAUUCUAUAUUAUUGAACCUCCUGUUCUUUUACAAUAAAAAAUGUACAUGUAA